CACGACUUUUCCCCGCAGACGACAGCGAGAAGCCGGCGCAAGAUGAGUGUUACGAGAGCUGCCAGCUGCUGCGGAUGUUGUUUCCACUGAUUUGACUGCUGCUGGUGCUACUUCACCACCACCAGAACCGCGGAACCGCCGGUGAACAAGGUGGUGCGGACGCUCGCGAGUGAAUGAAUCUUUUAUUGCGUCGCGGUGAUGCUGUUGAACUAAGAUUAUGCAGACAGUCACAGUAGUGUCAGUCAGUUGCUGAGUGUUGUUUCGUUUCUAGUAUCUAGUAGUGUGUUGGAUUUUUUCCUCGUUGUUGAUGCUGCUGCUGGCUACUAUUGUUGAUUUAGGAUAAUUCCAGAACUGUUUCAUCUCUUAAGUGGGAUGCCGAGCUCACAAGGCGGAAAGUGAUUUGUGGCGGAAAAUCCCGCAAAUAUGCUGGCGUGGAACGAAAGUUUUCGCUUUUACGUCUCGUGACAGCUUUUUUCCUGUUUCGACUUGGGGGACAGAUGGGAUUGUGAUGUGAGUUCCGGAAGGGUCACCCUAUUCUAGUGUAGUGAGUCGUAAUCUACAGCUAAUAGUGUUUAACUAGGCUCAGGUGAUAUUAAUUAGAAACUUGGUUUGGGCAUAAAGUGGUUUUAUAGUGCUUUCAGCGCCGCCCGGCGCAGGGAAUCAACAAACAAACGAAAAUACGCAGUACCAAAUCGGAAAAUAUCCCGUGGCAGACGACGGCGCCCGACGUAUCUCACCCACUAUCGCAAUAACGACAAGAUGGCAGAUCAGACCAACGGUCGGCAGCUGCAGCGGAUCCUUCACUAUUCCGUGACUCCCUGCCGGCCGCUGCUAGGCCUGCGACGCUCCGAAUGUGCAUUAUACGACGUUGACUGUGAUGAAGUUUACCCUAGGCUGUACAUCGGCGAUGCGGCAUCGGCGAGAAAUAAGCAAUAUUUACGAUUGAUUGGAAUUACACACGUACUGAACACGGCGGAAGGGACCCGCUUCGGGCAGGUGGACACCGGCCACAGCUAUUAUCGGGACAUGUCCGGGGUUAGUUGCACUUUCAGGUACAUGGGCUUUCCGAUGGUUGACCAACCGACGACGGACAUCAGCCGGUAUUUUUACAUCGCCUCCAAAUUCAUCGAAAAUGGAAUUAACAGUGGAGGAAAAGUUCUGGUCCACUGCAUGGUGGGCAUGUCCCGGUCAGCGACGUGUGUCCUGGCGUACCUGAUGAUCGUCCGCAAGAUGUCGGCGGCUGAGGCUAUCCGAACGGUCCGCAUGCACCGUGACAUCCGGCCGAACGAAGGUUUCCUGCAGCAGCUCGCCGAUCUGGACAACGAGCUGAAACGAGACCGGUUGUACUAUUGACUCGAGUGUGGCCAACGCUUCCGGAAGAAAUAACGGUCCCGAACUAACUAAUCCCCAGUCCCAUGUCUCAUCGCGCCUCAGUUUCAUCCCCUCCAUUUUUAACAGUUUGAUGUCAUUAAUCAAAGGAAGACUCCCAUAUGCACCAUUUUAUGCUGGUCUGGUGUGGAUCUACUGCUAGGAGAAAAAUCGAGCCACGGGAGGCCGAAGUUUUCUUUUUUGUCCUGACGAUGAUAAGUAGCACCGUUUUUCUAUGUCAGACGAAGAUUGAGCUGGCGUAGGAAAAACAGCUUUCUCGAACGAUUCAGUGUAGAGCAAAAACCACGGAAUGAUCUCAGCUUCAUUUAUCAUUUAUCCCAAAAAUAGUUUCUAUAAGCCACGUAUUCUGUACAUAUUGCUAGAACGAUUUGAUUGUUUUUUUGUGUUGGAAUUCAUCAGAAAAUGUUCAUCGCACCACAAAAGAAUAAACAUGCCAUAAAAAGCAAACAGUCAUCAAAAGAAAAAAAGACCCCUCUCCCCCAUCAACCUCAAAAGGUAGAGUUUUAUCGAUCAAAGCCGCAAUGUUGUCUGACUUGUUAUAUAUGCUUUUCCUCAUACUACCAUCGGCCUUCACGUACGUACGAAUGAGAUAUUUUACCACUGUAUCGAACAAUCUGCGGGAAUUAAUUUAACAGAUGAAUUAAAAACGUCAGCAUUCAAAUCCUUCUUUCUUGUAGCAAAAUGGCAUAGCCAUUUACGACCAGUAGCAAACCAAGCACGGAAUGUGCCGAAUCAAACCAAAAAAAAAGAAGAAGCGUAGAUUAUUUUAAGAUCCCCAAAACUUUUCCCCAAAGGAAAGUGUUAAAUAAUCACCAAAGUAGAGAAACAACCAGUGGAAGCAAACAAAAUGAAGGGAGCACAGAAUCAAAUCCAGAGUCUUUAAAAACGGAUGUAGGUAUAUUUUUGUCAUAUUAGAUGGAGGAACCAAAGGUUCGCGUUUUGUCGUAUUUUCGGUUGGAAACCAAUACUGUAGACUUGAAUCAGAAGCAUAACUAUUGCGUAACGCGCGCGCGGGACAAGUUCGAGGCGACACCCAUUUCACUCUGUUUAGUACACGAAACACACAGAAAAACACACCAAAUAUUUAAUCAACUGUGAGAAGUUUAACAAACAGAAGACAACAACAACAACAAAAAAAAAGAUAAUGUUUCGAACGAUAAACUGGUGUUGAGCUAUAGAAGCAUCAAUAAGAGCAUAUAUACAUAUUGAGAGAAUAUAAAUAAUUUUAUUAAACAGUAUAAUAACUAUUACUAGCAAACACAACUUACUCAAAUGGUUUACCAGAGCCUGAUAAAAGAAAAAAAAAAUAUUUGAAAAUUUUCAA